UAUCGAUUGAAUUGAAUUGAUUGAAUUGAAAAUUUAUCUAAAAUCUCAUUAAUCAAUAUUAAAAUGUCAGUCACCGACCAAGAAAUUAUACAAUAUGUUCCUUUUAUGUCUUUCGUACACCCAUCAUUCUGGCACAGCUUAACUGAAUUAAAAUUAAAUAUUGAUAAACUAAAUGAGAACACGAAACAGAUUUAUGGCCGCUUCACUUACCAAGAUGAUAUGGGACCUGUAUUUGAAGUUGAUGGAACUUCAUUUAACAAAGAUCCAGAAACAGAGCAUUUAUACUUAAGCAUAACUGGAACAAUAAUGAAUAAAAAUACAAUUGAAGAUUUCAAAUGCAUUGAUAAAGCAUCCCUGCUUAAUAGUUUGGGAGAAAUUAUUUGGCAAAACAUAAAAACAGAAUCGUGGAUAGGGAAUCCACACACUCUCUUAAAUUUUUUUGUACUGUCAUUUGCAGACUUGAAAAAGUUUCACUACUACUAUUGGUUUGCUUUUCCAACACCUAGUCAACCAACAGUAUAUUUGAAAGAAAAGAGUUUGUUUGCAUCCUCACACUUCAAUAAUAAGCAACUAGAGGACAUUUCAAAUGAAUAUAAAUCACUGGAUAUGCUGCAGAAAUACUUUUUUAUAAUAUCAAAGGAAAACGAAAAUAUCAAAAUCCAUAAGCUAUCUGAUAUUAUUGGAAGGGAAAUUCUGAAGGAAGCUGUGAAUGUUGAUAUGACCAAGAUAUAUUUUGCUUUCUCUGAUCCAAGCAAUAACGAUAAUCCUGGAUGGCCAUUAAGGAUUUUUAUAGCGGCUCUGCUAGAAUUUUCUCCCCAAUUGUGUAAAUCAGAUAUUAAAGUUCUAGGGUUGAGGUUGAACAAAAGUGGUGCUGCUGAUAGCAGUCGCAUUUUUAUCAUAAAUGCCACUGAGAAUAUUCAUUCUGAUGGCAACAAGGGAUGGGUUGGAUGGGAGAGAAAUAAUAAAGGCAAUUUUGGACCCAAACUAGCAAACAUGUCAGCGUCUAUGGAUCCUAUAAGAUUGGCUGACGCAUCGUCAGAUUUAAAUAUUAAGCUUAUGAAAUGGAGAUUGGUACCUGACCUCAAUGUGGACAUCAUGAAGAGCACCAAAUGUUUAUUAUUGGGAGCUGGAACAUUAGGAUGUCAUGUGGCUCGAGAUUUAUUAGCGUGGGGUUUCCGUCACGUUACAUUCAUAGACAACGGAAAAGUAUCAUUCUCGAAUCCUACACGCCAAGUACUGUUCACGUAUGAGGACUGCCUCAAUGGCGGGAAAAUGAAAGCGGUCGCUGCUGCCGACAAUCUGAAAAGUGUCUUGCCUACUGUUGUCAGUAAUGGAUUAUCAGUGCAUAUUCCAAUGCCAGGACAUCCAAUAGGCGAUUCUCUGAAAGCUGAAACAAUUGCCAAUAUAAAGCAAAUUGUUGAAGCGAUUGAGGAACAUGACGUUAUAUUUCUUUUGCUUGAUACAAGAGAGGCGAGAUGGUUACCUACUUUAUUGGCAGCUCAUUAUGGAAAGAUCGUGAUCAAUGCGGCUCUUGGUUUCGACAGUUAUUUGGUGAUCCGACACGGCUUAGGUCUAGCAGCACCGGCCGCUGAUGUAAAGAGUCAUCAUGUAAAUGGCGCACAGCUUGGAUGUUAUUUCUGUAAUGAUGUUACCGCGCCAGGGAAUUCGAUAAAAGAUCGCACGCUCGAUCAACAAUGUACAGUAACGCGGCCAGGUGUCGCCGCCAUUGCUGGAGCGCUUGCUGUUGAACUAUUAGUUGCGCUAUUACAACAUCCGCUAAGAAUCAAUGCACCAGCGCCAUAUAAUUUAGCGGACGAAGAAGGUUCAAUAUCUACUGGUGUGCUCGGACCGAUACCUCAUUCAAUUAGAGGAUUCUUACACUCAUACCAGACUGUGACACCAACUUGUACUAAAUUCAGACAGUGUAUCGCUUGUUCUGAUGUAGUCAUCAAUAUGUAUAGAGAAGAAGGAAUAGAGUUCUUGUUAAAAGUAUUCAACAGUGGAACUUAUUUGGAAGAGAUUACUGGAUUAUCGGAGUUGCAAUUGACUGCCGAGAUUGCUGAUAUUUUAACGUUUUCGGAUGAAGAUGUAGAUUAAUUCAAAUAUUUAAAUUAGUUAUUAGAUAUUUCUCGAUGUUUUAAUAGUCUAUUUACAUAAUUACGAAAGUUUCAUGAGAAAUAAUAUCUUUGAUCUGAUUUAAUUCCAUACAACUAAGCGAAAAUUUGUGACUUGCACAAAGUAAUGCUUUUCAUGUUAAAUAUUAUAAUUUGUUGUGUAUAUAUUUUUAUUCGCAUUUGUAGUUGUAAGUAAGUAAUUGAACGUGAAUUAUGAUUUAUAAUA